CAGCAGUACUGAGGCAAUAGGGGAGGGGGUGAGAGUAGCAGAGCACACUGGAUGGAUUCGCCACUGGUGUCCAUGGUGCUGAAGGUUAAUGCUUGCGUCUGAGGUUCUGCUGCAGGUAGACGCAAAGGAUCUCAGAAGGAAAAUGCCAUUCAUCUUCAUGAUGCUAAGGUAAUAGCGGCUUAUGGCUGAGUGGAUAUCUGAUGGACAUGUAUGAAUAACCAAGAGAUCAGAUGUGCCCUAUGACCAUGGUGCAGACUGUGCAAGUGGCAGUACUGGGGGCACCUGGAGUGGGGAAGACCUCCAUUAUCCGGCAGUUUGUAGCCCAGGAGUUUCGGGAGGAAUACACUCCAACAGAGAGCAGGCAAUUGUAUCGAGCCUCUGCUGUUCUAAGUGAGAGGAUGUAUGAGCUCCUAAUCCUGGAUUUACCUAACCUGCCAAGAUACCCAGGCUCUGCCGGACAGGAGUGGUUGGAUCCGCGAUUUCGGGGUCUCCGGAACAGCAGAGUCUUCAUUCUGGUUUUUGAUAUCUGCAGCCCUGAGAGUUUCCACCAUGUAAAACAGUUAAGGCAGCAAAUCCUAGACAGCACAAGCAAACCCCCUCUUAUGGUGGUGGUAGGAAACAAGAGAGACCAGCAGAAGCAUCGCUUUGUACCACGUCAUGUUCUGUCUAUUCUGGUAAAGAAGAGCUGGAAAUGUGGCUACCUGGAGUGUUCAGCCCGAAACAACUGGCACAUCCUCUUACUUUUCAAGGAACUUCUCAUCAGCACCACAACAAGAAGCAGGAGCCACACACCCAGCAUCUGCCUACAGGGGGCACUUCACAGAGAGCGAUGCAGUGUAAUGUGAAAAAGCCGCAUCAUAUAGGAGGGAGUCACCAUUAAGUAGGGUCUUUUCAAAUAAGUAAUGCAAAGAAUGCCUCAUACAGUGGUCCCUCAAGUUACAAUAUUCAUUGUUCCGGGACGACCAUUGUAUGUUGAAACCAUUGUAUGUUGAGACCAGAACUCUAUGGAAACCUGGUAAUUGGUUCUGAAGCCCCCAAAAUGUCAUCCGAAAAUAGGAAAAGGUGAGGAUUAAAGAAAAAUAAGUAGAUAACUAAUAUAGAUAAAGCAAGUCCUUACAUAUAAAAGUAGGAAAUAUCUGCUGGGAGCUGUAAUCACUGUCUAUGUCAGUGUUUCCCAACCAGGGUGCCUCCAGCUGUUGCAAAACUACAACUCCCAGCAUGCCCGGACAGCCGAUGGCUGUCCGGGCAUGUUGGGAGUUGUAGUUUUGCACCCUGGUUGGGAAACAAUGGUUUAUGUAGAGGACAGGAGCUUCUUCAGGGUCCUAUACAGGACACCCAGUGUCCCAAAUGGAGCCGCCCUUACUUGGGUGUACAAAAGGAGCAGCUAACCCUGGAACAGGUAAGGAGCAGUACAGAACUUGUAGUUCUUCCCUGUACUGUAGGGGGUGCUACCAGACACCAGUCAGUGCAUGCACUUCAGUAAUAGAGGUGAUUUCCCAGUAAAAUGCCAAUACUGAUUGGUCAGUUCCUCCAGUUGUGACUUGUUUCACAGAUCUGGACUGUCCGUAGCAUUGUAUGUUGAGUCUGGUUUCAAGUUACAAUGGUCCUGAAAAGACCAUUGUAUGUUAAUACUAUUGUAUGUUGAGGCCAUUGUAAGUUGAGGGAUCACUGUAUACUGAAGCUGUCUUAUGCAAAGUGCCAAAGCAGUCAGAUUCUAUGACAAUGUAGAGUUAAAGGGGUUUUCCAGGAUAUCUUUCAGAAAGACCAUCUAUGUAUGACUGAUAAGGGUUCCCACUGCAGUACCAGGCAAAGCAACAUCCAUAUUAGACAGUGUCUCUCAAGCGUGGUCCUCAAGACCACCACCCCCACCACCACCAGGUCAUGUUUUCAGGUGAUAUAACUGUGGUGAUACCUGAUGCACUGAUCUUAUUUAUAUCACCGGUGAAAGACUAAGGAAAUCCUGAAAACAUGACCUGUUGGGGGUCUUGAGGACCGCGCUUGAGAAACCCUGAUAUAAUAAGACAGCUAUGCCUGUACUCUAGAGACACCAUGCACAGCCUAUGCAUUUGAAUCUGAUAUAGCCAUGCUAGUAUGGACAUUGCAGCUCCAGAUAUAUUGUGUAGAGAUGAGCGAACUUACAGUAAAUUUGAUUCAUCACGAACUUCUC